AUGCACUUAACUCCAUAUUCUUUUGUCUCAUUAAAAGAUUUAUUGAUAUUGGAUUGGUUACAAACCAUCAUUGAACAAAUAGCCAGAGGUCAAAUCAAUUCCUUAUCAAAUUCACUUGAUCCCAAAAGUGUAAUAUCUCUAACUAGUACAACUGAAAAAGUCAAACAAUUCUCAUUAUAUGAACUUCAGUUAGAGUUUACAAAUCAAGCAGCACUUUGGUUGGAGUAUUGUGGUUUACGUAUCAAUUCAAAUCUACCAUUGGCAUCGACAAUUCAACGUUGGUCAAUAUUCUAA